GUUUCCCCUUUACUUGCAAGUAAGAACAAGCACAGUCAAUGUAAACGGGGCAAUUGUCAUUCGCGUAUUCAAACGACUUUCGGUACACACCGCUGGGAAUUAUCUUCAAUUUGCUUGGAUGGCUGCCCUAGAGGACUUCUACUUUUGCCCGGAAAAGGACACGGCUUUCGGGAAAUCUAUACCACCCAUUACUUCAGAAUUUCCAUCCACACACCGACCCUUAGUUGACAGAUUCUUCACGAGAUAUUACUUGGUGCGCCAGAAAACUUCGGAGGAACAUUACCUUGUGCUAUUCCACUCAAAUCGGAUAUGCAUGGUUGGUCUGUCAGGAGCUCACCCCGCAUUUGCCAAGGGAAUAGAACAAGUAACGUGCCCAAUUCUGAAGAAAACCGAUAAACAGUCAACUGGCGAGGACCGGAAACGCAGCGCGAUUCUACAGAAGGAUACAACCAUCGCCGUGGUGAAAUGCUGCGACGGGACUACUUAUAAUGUGCCCAGCUGUGUGAAGGGGAAGCUGGUGGAAAUCAACCAAAAUGUCCUGCAGAAUCCGUCACUCCUCUCCAAAGAGGGAUACGGCUACAUUGCCAUUUUACUGCCGAAAAUAGACGAAUGCGACGACAUCAAAGCUAGUUUGCUAAGCUACGAAGAGUACUCUGGGAAAUAUUCCAAAUAAAUGUCCGUAAUAAAACGCCGCCUUUUGCUUAAUAAAUACAUUUUAAUUAAUCUA